AUGUCUGAGAUUAUCAACAACAAUGCCGCUGCUGGUCAGCGUGCUUCCAAAUUUACCUUUGGCAUCGAACUCGAAUGCGUCGCCAUCGUUCCCAAGAGGAUCGCCAAGCAGUAUGGAUCUAUUGAGCAAUACGUUCGUAGCCAUCUCAGCAACAGCCAGGUCAAGCUUCCCUGCAACUGUGAGAAAAAGGAGCACUUGCGCUACUUGCCCAUCCACGAUAACGAGGACGAUACGACCAACGACUACUGGACGUUGACAAAUGACAUGACCGUCGAUUUAUCCGCAAAGCAGAUCGGCAAUGAUCUUGUUGGCUCGGAGUACGCCAGCUUGGAACUGAUCUCUCGUGUGCAGAAGUUCGAGGGCAUCUCGUCCUGCCCUCUGAACCAGAAGUGUCCUGUUACCAAAGAGCCUCUUCGGUGGACUUGGCGUGAGGAGAUCGAAUGCUUCCUCGAGCUUCUUCACGAGGCGUUUAGUGAGCCUGGGUUCUGUUUGCUUGUUAACGAGACCACAGGCUUCCACGUUCAUCUUGGACAGGGCGAUGAUGGUCUCCCACUCGACGCCGUUUCAGGGCUUCUGGGUGCCAUGACAGCUCUUGAGCGUUCUUUCGACCAGAUCCUCCCUACUUAUCGCAUCAGCGGCUCGACCGGCGGUACGGUCCCAGGUAUGUGGAGCCUUAACACACACAAUCCUCUUCCUGGCAUCCAGGUCGAUGGAUUCCACGCCUUGUACAAGCCUGGCCUCGUCGACACCGAGCAGGACUUUGAUAACAGAUGGUGUCCAGCCAUGUCCAAGACCAUGAUCCAACACGUCCACAAUCAGAUUUGGUGCAAGGCAAAGAACAUCGAGCCCCGCAAGCUUCAGUUUACUGCUCCGCAGAACAGCCCGACUGGUGCCGCUGCCGCUGCCCCUCUCCCUGCCAUCUCGGCCGAGACUUCCAAGUCUAUCGAGCAAUGUCUUGCCAGCUUCAACGUUCCUAGCUGGUUGGACUUAAUCAGGAACGCAUCCAGUAUCCAGGAGCUCAAGGACAUAUCUUCCCAGGACAAAUACGUCGCUCUGAGCCUAAGGGGCUUGGGUGACCGUAAGAAUCCCAACGGACCUCCUACAGCUGAGGUCCGCACUCAUGCCGGCAGUCUUGACUCUGACGAGAUCUGUGCUUGGAUUGACCUUUUGUGUAGCAUCGCUCGCUGGGCUGGGAUUGUACCAAAGGAGGGCGUGUUCGCUUAUCUCCUUGAAUCGUGGAAAGAUGCCGAGUACAACGUCUCCGACCUUGCUACCGAGGUUGGUGUCAGCCACUCGACUUUCGCUCAUUACAGCUAUGUCUUGGCUGACUCCAGCUACCCCUAUGUCCAGCACCGUUUCGAGAAGUACAUCUCUCCCCCAUUGACUUNNUUUACUGACAAAGUGGAGAACCUCAACCGUAUCAACGAGGAGCGCCGCCGCAAAGACUUUUCUCGUCAGAACGUUGACGAAAAGAUUCGCUGGAAGCUCGAGUCUGGUAGGUACGGACAGUUGCCCACCAACUUCCUCCAAGCUCAGCCUGAGCCUGAGCUGUUCUCCAGACCCGAAGCUAGAUUCCUGCACUACACCGAGGAGAGCCAAAAAGCUUGGGCUGAGUUCUUGAAGGACUACUACCGUGUUCACCGUAAGAUCGAGUUGUCUUGCAAGGACACUGUCGAUGUCCCCGGUGCUGCCUCUGAUGAUUCACCCGACUCUUCUUCUGAUACUUCCCCUGAGGUCUCCUCUGGUGGCGUCUCUGUGGGUAAUCUCAAGGCUAGUGUUGCUUGUGACGGCGAGUCCGUGACCGCAGGCGCAGAUGAUGGAGAGUCCGAAAUUAGCUCGAGUGACGAGUCUGACUCUGAUGACUCCGAUGACUCUGAUGAUUCCGAGAAGUCGGAUGACAAGUCGGAUGCACCGAUCAAGUCUCCUGUCAAGAACCUCACUGCUGACGAAUCCGAGGACAACUUCAGCCGCGGAGGCUGGUACGGUAUUCAUCCUAUGUUGGCUAACGCCUACAACGACAUCCCGGGCCAGCACCUCACUCACCUCGAGAAGACCGUCAUCAGCAUGCCUUCACUUCCCUCACCAACCACCCCCAACACAGUUGCUUUCGAUGAACUGAAGACUAACACCGUCCUCAGGAUCCACAAUGCCAUCUCGGGUGCGGUUUCGAUUGAGGCUCUUACUGCUGCUGACAUGCAGGACGAGGUUGACAACAUCAUUGCUCGUGCAGUCGAGUCCACGAAGCAGAUGUACGUGUUGAAGUCUGUUACGAUGGAGAAGGCUAUUGCGAAGAGGCACUCCAAGAAGAAGACUAGCAAGGAGUAG